AUGUCGGAAUUCACUUUAAGACGGGCAGUGGAUGACGAUACGGAGGAAAUCUUUCGAUUGUGUUUAGAACUAGCUGCGUGUUCAGACGAAGUGGAAGCUCUGAAGACAACACCGGAAACUCUGAGGCGUGACAGAAAAUAUUACGAAUGCUUUGUCGCGGAGGAAUCGUCAGCAUCUGACUCUGAGCCCAAGCCAUUGAUUGGGUAUGCCUUGUACUCUUACACAUAUUCCUCCUGGAAUGGGAGAUCAGCAUUCUUAAAUGAUAUCUACGUGUCUCCCAAUCACAGAGGCAAGGGGAUAGGCUCCGCUCUUCUGAAGAAAGUGGCCCAGGAUGUCGUCGAGAAUGGAUGUAUAUUAAUGGAAUGGUGUGUUCUCGAGUACAAUAUAGACGCGAUCGAGUUUUACAAAUCGAAAGGUGCCUUUGAUCUGACAGAAGCGGACCGUAUCCAUCUAUACAGAUUGCCUAAUUCUAGUUUAAAACAGUUAGCAAAGUAA